AACGAUGAUCUCUGGCAGGCAGACUUGAUAGUAAACCCUGACAUUCCUCAGCAGCCAAGCCCGGCCUCUACAGGACGUGAAGGAAACUGGCCCCUCCACGGGAGACUCAGGCUAAUGGACACACUCAGAGCAGCUGUGACACAACACACAGCAGCCACACUGCUCCAUAAAGACAGACUUCCAUUACCCGAAGAAUGAAUACCAGCAGCCACCAGGAAGUUUCUGCGCAAUUCCAUGAGACAGACUUUGGAGGUCCACCUUUGCAAAAGCAGAAGAGGAUCAUCUACUUCUCCAGCGGUGAAACUCUGGAGCUGGAGGACCCUGAAGAAGAGGAGGCAGAGGAACAGCCGUCCAACAGAACCCCCUUCGAACAACCAGGAAGGAGGACCAGGAUAUCGUUCAAGAAUGUGGCCAUUCUAGUUGGGAGGAUGUCCCUGCUGGCCUGUGAUUUCCUUGGAGAGAGACUGGCUGGGGCUCUCGGACUGAAUGCAGCCAAAUAUCAGUAUGCAAUUGAUCAGUAUCACCGUGAACACAAGGGUCCCAUAAAGUCAUCACUGCUGAGAGCUAAGGGAAUGGGUGGAUCAACAGAGCUCUGGCAGCAGGAGUUCCCCCGGAGGACCAGGCAGAGAACAUCAACCUUUCUCCUGGGCUGCAUGGGAGUCAUUAUGGAGCUACGGGUGACGUAAGAUGUCCUCCUGAUCCCCACGAGAGCUGUGAACAUAGAGAUAAAGGAUGUCAGAACCGAGCGUACCAUAAUGAUGAGGAUAACUAGACAUAAAGCUGAAGAAAGGAAAACAGAGAACAAUGUGAAAACCUGAUGUGUAAUGUCAUUUUUUUUCUUUGACUCUUUAACAAUAGCAUCUCCGUGUGUUGAAGCAAAGAUACAAAACAAAUAGAUGAAGUGAUGGCAGACAUGCACAAUUUUUUUUGUCAUAUCAUUCCUACACUUUAACAUCCUUCUAACGAGAUACCAGAGAAAAUUCUGGUUUGCCCAAUGUAUCUCUGAUCUGCCCCCUCCCCAACACCAUAACGGAAACUAAGGGAGUACCAUCCAUCAUUCAUAUUAAAGUAAAACUACAAAAGGAAGCUGUGAGAGAAUGCGUGUUAAGCAGCUGACUGCAGGCUGGCUACCUCAGCAGAAGCCUUCACUAAGUUACCAGCCAAUAUCUGCUUAAAGGUACUAUAUUCUGCACGAGCAUUUGUAACUUCUGCUAAAUGUUGCAGAUAUUCAUUCUAUGUUUUUGCUUAACUCUUCCUUGAAUCAAGGUAAGUUAGGUAAGUUUGGCAACUGUACUAAAGGAAACCUAGGAUUAUUGAAAAUGACGCAAAUGUGACCAAGUUCAGGAGGUCACAUACUCAAUCAGAGUAAUCAGUGUCCUGCAUAAGUCAGUGUAUUAAAAUCAAACUAAUAAAUAUACAAUAACAUAAGUAUAACAAUAUUAUAAACUGUCCAAGCAGCAGAACAAACAACAGUUGAUGUUCUGUUUAAAUAAAAGCAAUUGAAAUGCAUUUUCUGUUUUAAUAUAUUAAAACUUGUUUUUUGUAGUCAAAGUUAUCACACACUGAUGAUUCCACAGUGAUCCCCGCCUGGUCACAGGAAAAUGGCAAAUGUCACUAUUGUAAUGAUGAAUAUUCUGUCGCCUGUUCUGCAGCAGCACUUAACAGCUGGACCCUUCCAGGUGGAAAACACCUGUGGUCGCUGCAGGCUUGCAGUUUUUGUCCAUAGCCAUUUGUGGUACGUGGGCGCCCUCUUGUGGUGUUCACGGUAAACGUUCACAAUCCUGAUGAAUAAAAGUUCAGUAAACAGCAUUUACUGCGUGAUUUAGCCUGAGUGUUAUAAUCGAUACCUUUAUUGUUCCUGUAUAGUUUCUCAGUAUAUAAGACACAAUGAUUGUAACUGAACUGUCGCUUACCUCCAAUGAACUGUGAAUAAAAUGUUUGAAAGUA